AUGGCCUUCGCUACAACCAACGAUUCCCAAGAGAUCUACUAUGAAGUGCACGGAGGCACCGGCCCGACACUGGUACUCGUCUCCGGCUAUAUGGGCAUUGCCAAUUUGUGGCAACCGCUAAUUGCCCGCUUGAUCACUAAGUACCGGUGCAUUGCGUACGACAUUCGUGGAUAUGGACGGUCAUCGAAGCCUGAAUCGCAAGAUGCAUACAGCAUUCCUCAGCAAGCUGCAGACCUUGAUGCAGUGUUAAAGGCUGCAAAGAUCAAUGAGCCCGUUGUCCUGGUCACUCAUUCCAUGGGCGGUAAUAUCGCCUCCGCUUAUUAUCUGAUGAAUCCCACCAACGUCUCCAAAAUCAUAUACACUGCAACUUAUUAUGAUGGCAAGAUUGCCGGCCAGUUUCUUCCCUAUGAGGCGCUCACCGGAGGGGCCGAUGUACCAUCAAAAUGUGUCGACUUUUACGCUAGCAUGGGACUGGAUCGUUCGAUUGCCGUUGAAGCUGCAAAGUGGCCGGCGUAUGGUCGCCGCCACAAUGCAAGCUGCCUGUUGGCCUUUGAGAUUGGUGAUGGGUACAGGAGGAUCACCGUCCCUACUGUUAUUGUUCAUGGGGAGAAAGACCUGGCUGUUCCAGUGGAACACUGCGUGCAGCCUAUGAUCGACGCUUUGCCGAAUUCCAGACUGGUGGUUUUCCAGGGGGCGGGCCACUUUCCUCCGACAGAGGCACCGGAAGAAUUGGAAAGAUUGAUUGAUAGCUUUGUUGGGGCGUCCAAUUGA